CUCCCCUGACACAGAAGCCCCUGCAGUCAUGGACACGUGCGUGCAAUACCCCAUGUCUGUAUUCACAGUGCAGGGGCAGGUGGCUCCUGUGUCCCCAAAUCAUAAGCCUCUUAAGAAGCAGAACAAGAUCAUUGGUCAAUGGGCGAUUCAACUGGCGUUAAUGGUCCUUGCUGUGCUGGCGCUUGUCGGAGCUGCCAUUGAGAUCUACAUUCUGAGAAAUCUACAGAGAAGUCUGGAAUCUACACAAGAAAUAAUGCAUGAAAAUUUUGAAGCACAAUACAUGACUAAAUCAAGUGACACAAGGAGCCCACCAGUACCCUCAGCUCAUGUCACAGAUUGCAAAUGGACAAACAAGAAUACAGGACCACAGCUGUUAUGGGAGCCAAGACAAGGUUCAUCAUUUCUCCAUGAGAUUCAAUACAGAAAUGGUUCUCUCCUCUUCAGUAAGACCGGGAUCUACUUUAUCUACUCCAAAUUGCAGCUGAGGUCUGUUGACUGUCCCAGAGUAGAUGCCUCCAACUUAUUUCAACAUGGGGUUUACAAGAAAAGUCCACACUUGCAGGAAGAGACAAUCCUUAUGGAAAAUAAAAAGCAGUUCUGCGAAACCCAAGGUGGUAAAAUGUGGAUAGGAAGCAGCUUCCUUGGAGGUACGUUUCAGAUAGACAAGGGCGAAGAGGUGUAUGUCAAGAUGUCCAAUAAAGAACUUAUCCAGGUCAAGGAUGGAACCAUAACCUUUUUUGGUGUUUUCAUGCUCUAGGAGGAGCACUUUAAAAUAUUUGCCCUGCACAGAGAGGACUAGACACU